UAACCGAAGGCUCGGGGUUUUAGCAUUGAUGUGAGAGGUAAACAAGUAUAAGUAAACUCAAGAGGGACGAGUUUUUCUUCCUGUUCCUCUUCACUGGUUGCUAUAUUAUUCUUACUCCACCUAUAAGCGACAUUCGCAAACCGCGCCGCCUUUGAACCGACCCCUCACCUUCUUCACCAUUCCCACGAACAAAGAUGGCCAAUAGCCCGCUAAAGAUUGCCGUUAUCCCAGGCGAUGGAAUCGGGACCGAAGUGAUGCCAUAUGGCGUCCGAUGUCUCGAGGCGGCUGCGAAGGUGUUCGGUAUCUCGUUGAGCUUCCAGACGUUUGAUUUUGCUAGCUGCGACUUUUAUAAGAAACAUGGGGAUAUGUUGCCGCCAGACUGGAAGGAGUCUCUUAGCGGGUUUGAUGCUAUCUACUUUGGCGCCGUCGGCAUGCCGGAUUUGGUGCCGGAUGAGGUAUCGUUAUGGGGGAGCUUGUUGAAGUUUAGACGGGAAUUCGAUCAGUAUAUUAACCUUCGUCCGUGCCGGCUAUUGGCUGGUGUCGAUUGUCCUCUGGCCGGUCGAAAGCCUGGAGACAUCGACUUCUGGAUAGUGCGGGAAAACACGGAAGGCGAGUAUAGUAGCAUCGGAGGUAAGAUUUUCGAGGGGACAGAUAGGGAGACAGUGAUCCAGGAAACGGUGAUGACACGCACUGGUAUCGACAGAGUCCUUCGUUACGCCUUUGAUCUUGCGCAAAGCCGGCCGCGGAAGCGUCUUACAAGCGCGACCAAGAGCAACGGCAUCAGCAUCACCAUGCCAUAUUGGGACUCCCGCGUCCGCGAGAUGUCAAGCAAAUACCCCGACGUCAACGUAGACAAAUAUCACAUCGACAUCCUAACCGCACAUUUCGUCCAGCGGCCCCAAAUCUUCGAUGUCGUCGUCGGCAGCAACUUAUUCGGCGACAUCCUAUCGGACCUCGGGCCAGCCUGUACGGGUACAAUCGGGAUUGCGCCGUCGGCCAAUAUCAACCCGGACCGGCGAUUCCCGAGCCUGUUCGAGCCGGUACACGGCAGUGCGCCCGAUAUCGCUGGCAAGGGCAUCGCGAACCCCGUGGGCAUGAUCUGGGCGGGGCAGAUGCUGCUUCAGCAUUUCGGAUACCAGGAUGCUGCUACGGCAGUACUGAAGGCUAUUGAGACGGUGCUCGCGCAGAGGGACCAGAGUGUUAUUACUGCUGAUAUGGGUGGUAAGGGAACGACGAAAACCCUAGGAGAUGCUAUUGAGGCGGCGAUCCUUGCGGCUGGGAAGUAGAGCGCUGCUGUCACGUACUUGUUGUUAUAUAUAUAUAUAUAUAUAUAUAUAUAUAUUAGUAUAUACAUAGGUAUCUAUUCGCACUAC